AUGCCGUGGCGGCUGUCCAUGGGUCCGGCCAAGGGCCCAUUGCGCGUGCUGAGUCUCGGUCCCAACGCGAGGCGACUGCGUCAAGUCAUCCUUGCCGUCCUGGUGCUCUGUUCCCUCCUCUGGGCGUCGCCGCACUUGGACUGGGGAUACGAGUGUGACCCAGGUAUCGUGGAGGGUCACACAAUGGGACUCCAGUGGCCCGAGUCGUGGUUCGGGUACAUGACGAGCCACGGUGGCAGUGCUUCACACCACCACCACCACGCACCGCCACCAGCCAAAAUACCGCGACCCCAUCUGCCCGCGUCACGCGUCAACCCGGCUUCCAAACGUGCAUACGCGCAUGUCGGUCGCUCACGCGUCGAGAUGGACAGUAGCGACAAGUACACUAUCUACAGUACAGAACCAUACACCACGGCGCCGCUCCCGAGCCUGCACGAGGCGUUUGCCCACCUCGAACCGCGCCUCACGGCCAUCAAGAAUGCCCACGCCCAAAUCCCGCAAGAGCACGUCCUCACCGAACCGAUUUUCCCGCCCUUUCUCACUCGGGCUCAGCAAAGCCGCUACGCGCACCUCCAAGAGGCCGUCAAGGGCGGAACAAAGCGGUACCUCGUCGGGACGGUUUGUCGGCAGGUGGCGGGCAUGCUCGCCGACUGGUUUGCGGCGUGGACCGUCCUCGCGGAUUUCCUGGGUCCCGAGACGCUCGUGUUUUCGCUGCACGAGGGCAUUUCAGACGAUGGAAGCGGCGAGAUUCUCGCGGGUGCCAUGCGCGCACACCUGCUGUACAUUGGCGUGCCGCCGGCCAACAUCCACAUUGUGACCGGCCUGCCCCGCCCCAACUGGGAGGACAACCACCGUAUCGCCCUGCUCGCGUCGAUGCGGAACGGCGCCAUGGCGCACUUUUAUAACAACGCGACAUCUACACGCACUGCGCCAGACGGCACGCCGUGGACGGCGGUUGUGUUCCACAACGACGUCUACUUCAGCGCGGCGCACGUCCUCGAGCUUGUCCACCAGCACGUCACCCAGGACGCGGACAUGACCUGUGGCUGGGACCAGGCGGGCAAGUGGUUCUACGACGGGUGGGUCGGGUGCGACAUGGCCGGGGACCUGUUCACGCCGUUCCCCGUCCCCGAGGAGGAGGAAGGGUUGCCGCAGAAGCUGUUCGUCUCCUCCCCGGCAACGCGUGAGCGCCACCAACGCCGUCUGCCCUACCAAGUCUUCUCGUGCUGGGACGGCAUGGCCGUGCUGUCGCCCACCCCGUUUCUGCCGCCGUACAACGUGCGGUUUAGGCGCGGAACCCCCGUGGCAGCGACGCCGUACGGAAACCAACCCGAGUGCCACUCGAGCGAGGCCGCGCUGCUGUGCUGGGAUUUCUGGCGGUACGGGUUCGGCAGGAUCCAAGUGGUGCCCGGCGCGCGGUUUGUGUAUGCCAAGGGGGACGCGCGGCUGAGGGGGUAUCUCGAGUUGCCAGAUCCCGGUAACCAGGGCGAGGGCUUCGACGAGAAGAUUGCGUGGGUCGACGAGCCGCCCGACAAGGUCCGUUGUCAUGACUGGCCAGACGCCCCGGGCCUGGGACACUGGGCGUGGGACAGUGUGAGAUGGGUAGACUCGCCCAAGCUUGAAACUGUGUCGUAG